AUGCCUGCUAAUUCUGCUGCGGACACCAUCCGUAUCAUGGUUUCAACUGACAACCAUGUUGGAUAUGGAGAACGCGACCCGAAUCGUGGUAACGACUCCUGGAACACUUUCGACGAAAUCAUGACAAUAGCACGAGAACGAGACGUCGAUAUGGUCCUCUUGGCCGGUGACUUGUUCCAUGACAACAAACCAUCUCGCAAGGCCAUGUAUCAUGUCAUGUCAUCUCUUCGCAAGAAUUGUUUCGGUGAGAAACCAUGCGAGCUCGAGAUGCUCAGCGAUGCCUCGGAAGCUUUCCAGGGCGCCUUCAACCAUGUCAACUAUGAAGAUCCCGACAUCAACGUCGCAAUUCCAGUUUUCUCAAUCCACGGAAACCAUGAUGAUCCGACCGGAGACGGCCACCUAGCAUCCUUGGAUCUGCUGCAGAUGGCUGGUAUGGUCAAUUACUACGGCCGCACUCCUGAAUCCGACAAUAUCAUCAUCAAGCCUGUGCUACUACAGAAAGGUCGAACCAAGCUCGCGCUAUACGGCAUGAGCAAUGUUCGUGACGAGCGAAUGUUCCGCACCUUCAGAGACCAAAAGGUCAAGUUCUACCAACCCGGCACACAGACAGGGGAUUGGUUCAAUCUCAUGAGCGUCCAUCAGAACCACCACGCAUACACCGAGACUGGCUAUCUUCCCGAGAACUUCCUACCUUCUUUCAUGGACCUAAUCAUCUGGGGACAUGAGCAUGAAUGUCUCAUCAACCCUCGGUACAACCCUGAGCAAACUUUCCAUGUCAUGCAGCCUGGUUCAUCAGUCGCCACUUCUCUUAUGCCUGGUGAAGCUGUGCCGAAGCAUGUCGCAAUCCUCAGCAUCACUGGCAAAGUAUUCAAGUGUGAACCAAUUCGCCUGAAGACUGUCCGGCCUUUCGUGAUGAGGGAGAUUGCUCUUCAAGAUGACGCCCACAUGAGGAAGAUUGCCAUGAAAGACGACAAUCGCGCAGAAAUCACUCGCUAUCUAACAACAGUUGUUGAAGACAUGAUCAGAGAAGCUCGUCAAGCCUGGCGCGAGGCUCAGGAAGGCGACAUUGACGAGAACCAGAAGCCCGAAUUGCCUCUGAUUCGUCUACGUGUUGAGUACUCUGCUCCCGAAGGAGGCCGCUUCGACUGCGAGAACCCUCAACGCUUUUCUAACCGCUUCUUGGAGAAGGUGGCAAACGUCAACGAUGUAGUUCAAUUCCAUCGCAAGAAGACUGGCACGAGCAGGAAGAAAGAGCAGCCUGAUAUGCCCGAAGAAGCCGUCCUGCAACAGCUCACUCUCGACACUGUCAAGGUGGAGAAGCUUGUUAAAGAGUUUCUGACAGCCCAAUCUCUCACGAUCCUUCCUCAAAAUUCCUUCGGUGAUGCCGUCAGUCAAUUCGUCAACAAGGACGACAAGCACGCAAUGGAAGCAUUCGUCAACGAAAGUCUUGCAAGUCAGUUGAAGCAUCUUCUAAGCGGCGAGAGCGUGGAAGACGAGGACAUGACAGAGGCUAUGGAGGGAUACAAGGCUAAGCUGGAAGAAAUGUGGGCCCAAGGCACUCUGAAGCGUACUGUCAGGAAGGACAAGCUGAAGCCCAAGCCAGCCAACUGGGACUCGGACCUUGACGGAGAGUGGGCAGCGCAGCCAGGCGCACUGGUUCGUUCCGAGGAUGAAGCAGACGAGGAAGAGGCACCUCCGCCAAAGGCCAGAGCUACACGGGGCAGAGGAGGCAAAGCGACUGGAACCACGCGCAAAACAGCUGCGGCUACGAAGAAAGCAGCACCUGCCAAAAAGACAACAACUCGCACAAGAAAGGCUCCGAUCGAAGAGGAAUCGGAGGACGAAGAAGAAGAUGAUGUGAUCAUGCUCGAUGACGAUGAUGAGGAAGACGUUCCCGAUGCGAAUGACGACGAGGACGAUGAAGAUGACUUCAAGUCGACUUCGAAGCGUGCUGCCUCACCACCAAAGCGCAAGGCACCUGCUCGUAGCACAGCAGCCAAGGGCAGACAGACAACCCUGAGUUUCUCUCAGACUCCUGCGCCGUCGCAAACACGUACUACUACAACUCGUGCUGGACGCAAAACCGCAGGCCCUGAUGAGAUUUCUGACGAUGAUGAUGCUUUCGAACCUCCUCCUACAGCAUCUCGUCCUGCAGCACGUCGCAAGUUUUAA